AUGGAGUCUCAUUACACCUUGGCCCAGAAUCGGGCGGCUUUGGAGGAGUUCGUUCGACAGCCUGUCCGGUCCUAUAUGGUCCAACAUCUGGCGAAGCAAGCCUCGCAGGUGAUUCGAUGUGAUCCAGAACCGAGUCCAGGAAACAACAACAGCCUUCCUACUCCUCCCUCUACGCCUCCUCACCCGUCAUGCGCAGCCUCGAGCUUACCGCCCUUGCCAACCCUCGAACAAUUCAUCAACUCCCUCGUCAAACAGUCGUCUGUUCAGAUUCCUACCCUUAUGACCUCUUUGGUCUACCUCGCUCGUCUUCGGUCCCGGUUACCGCCCGUGGCCAAGGGAAUGCGUUGCACAGUCCACCGCAUCUUCCUCGCUUCUUUAAUAUUGGCAGCCAAGAACUUGAACGAUUCAAGUCCGAAGAACAAGCAUUGGGCACGAUACACUGCAGUCAAGGGGUUUGAUGGGUUUGGAUUUGGUUUGGCGGAAGUGAACCUCAUGGAAAGACAACUCUUGUAUCUUCUUGAUUUCGACACUCGGGUAACGGAGCAAGAUCUUUUCGAUCACUUUGAGCCGUUCCUUGCCCCGAUCCGCUUCCAGAUGGAACUUCAGCAAGAAGAGGCCGAGUUGGCAAACCUACAGCGUGUCUGGCACUCUCAUCAGACCUCCUACGACUCCAACAUCUCCUUGCCCCCUCCAGCUCGAAAGGAACAUAUUCUACCCAGCGUAGCAACACCACCUCCAAGAGCCACUGGUGUCUACGACUCACCCGCCUCUUGCGUCGACGAGGAAAUUGCCUACGGCCGCUACCCGCUCACCAACAGCAACAAGAGCUCUCUGUCAUUACCGGCACCCAGUCACAGACGCUGGGCCUCGCCUUUCCGCAAUCAUACCAACAACCGGUCCGUAUCACCACCCUCGAUCCGGGAUUUGCCUCCGUUGGUCCCGUCGAGCAGAUCAGGAACCAUGCACGGUCACUCCAGCUCUCGGUCUUCUUCCAUGGCUCCGUCGCUGCGAUCUCGGUCUUCAUCUAUUGCCCCGACAUCGCGGGGUACGCCAUACAGUGCUACAUCAGGCCAUGAUGACACGAUUGUGGUGGUGGAUCUGAGCCAAAGCCCCGAUGCCUCAUACCACAUUGCUUACUCCAAAGGCAUGACAGUAUCACGGCCCAGCUUGAAGGGUCAUCAGACUAGCUUUCAAGGCGAGAGCCAACAGCCGGCCAAGAAGGUCAAGUCCGAAUCUGGGAUGGGCGGCGUCAUGGCCAGAUUAUUCAGCACAGCCACCAGCAACUACAGACUCGGAAGGACACCUGUUCAAGUAGCCUAG